CUCUCGCUCUAUCCUCGGAGGAAAAAUCUCCUCCAUUCUCCCUCUCUAUCGACAAUCGCUGCCGGGAAAAUCAGAAAUGGCGUCAACGAGCGCGGUGUCAGCUCAGCUGUCGAACGUUAAGGGACUCUGCGAUUGGAGAAGGGCAUCCUCCAUGCCCGCAGGUAACUUCAGUGCAAGUUCACUUGGUAAGCUGGCUGUAUCAUGGCCAAGCACCCAAAGAUAUCGGGUUAGUCAUCGAUCUCUCCGAGUACAAGGUCUAUUUGGAGGAAAGAAGGAUGGUGAUAAGGGCGAUGAUGGAGCUUCAAAGGCAGGCAUCCUGGGGAACAUGGCAAACUUGUACGAGACAGUGAAGAAAGCACAGAUGGUUGUUCAAGUUGAGGCUGUUCGUGUGCAAAAGGAACUUGCUGCUGCAGAAUUUGAUGGUUACUGUGAAGGCGAGCUAAUCAAGGUAACAUUAUCAGGGAACCAACAACCAGUACGCACAGAGAUCACUGAAGCUGCCAUGGAAUUAGGUGCAGAGGUGAGUACUCCAAGUUCUUGUUCAAAGAAUCCAUUUGUGCCUUUAUGGAUGUAUGCCAGCUGAUCCAGCAAACUUGGGUUUUGAGUGUAUCAAGAUUAUUUUACAUCGUUGAGUGAUCAUAAUGAACGAUGGAAAUGCUUGUUCUCUACUGCAGAAACUCUCACUUCUAGUAACGGAGGCGUAUAAGGAUGCACACCAGAAGAGCGUCUUGGCCAUGAAAGAGCGAAUGAGCGAUCUUGCCCAAAGCUUAGGGAUGCCUCCAGGUCUUGGUGACGGACUAAAGUAAAAAGGUGGCACUUUGAUCUCCUGCAACGAUCGGUUUACUCCAAUGCAACCCUUUUAGAGAUUGAUUUGUAUAAUGGAUAGAGGUUUACGAUCUUAUUCGCCUGAAUGAUUGUUUACGUGUUUGAAUCGGAGUAAGUAGUGAAUCCUAGAUACAGUUUUUGUCUACUCCCCAGUUGUUGCAAUAGAUAAGAAAAUAUUCCAAGGUGGUGUAGUUUUCAGCCAUCUGUUUAAUCAGAAUUGCUGCCAUAUUCGUAUAUGCAGCUGUUUCAGGGUGUUUAUCUGUAUUAGGAGCUAUCUACUAGGGGUUCAUCUUUGGCAUCAAGUAGGAGAAGGCAAUUAUGUCGAUGAAGCCUGAAAUAAUCAACAUAGUAGCCGCUCUUUCUAUCGAUGUUUGGUUUUCCAUCUAAAUCGUCUAGAUUUGUGAGUUAAUUCACUCCAAAGUUGGUAAUAGAAGAGGU